CCAAUUCUCAUUAUUCUUCUUCUUCUUCUUCUUAUCCAAAUGAUACCAUACUCUCUACAAGCUCUUCUUUGAUCUCUCUCACCUCUUCUUGGCCUUUCAUCUACUAUUAUCAUACACUAGUAGAAGGAGAAAGAGGAAAAAUGAGAACAGGAGGUUGGACAUUGCAACAAGCUCUAACUGCAGACGCUGCCAAUGUAGUAAAACAAGCUGUAAACCUUGCAAAAAGGCGUGGUCAUGCCCAAGUAACUCCACUCCACGUAGCCAACACCAUGCUUUCAUCCUCAACUGGCCUUCUUCGAACAGCUUGUCUUCAAUCUCACUCUCAUCCUCUCCAGUGCAAAGCCCUUGAGCUCUGCUUCAACGUUGCCCUCAAUCGCUUACCAGCAUCCACUUCUAGUCCCAUGUUAGGUCACCACUCUCAUCACCCUUUCCUCUCCAAUGCUUUGGUUGCAGCUUUCAAGCGUGCACAAGCCCACCAACGCCGCGGAUCCAUCGAGAACCAACAACAACCUCUCCUUGCUGUGAAGGUAGAGAUAGAACAGCUCAUAAUCUCUAUCUUAGAUGACCCAAGUGUUAGUAGAGUCAUGAGAGAAGCAGGUUUCUCAAGUACCCAAGUGAAAAGCAAUGUAGAACAAGCUGUCUCUUUAGAGAUCUGUUCUCAAAAUCCUCCUAUUAGUAGUAGUAAACCCAAGGAAAGUAGUAAUAACAAUAAUAAUAAUCUUCUAGUACUUGGAAGUGUUUCCUCUCAACCCCCUCCUCCUCCUCCUCCUUCUUCUAUGGCUCAGUUUGGUGUGAAAGUUAGUAAACCAUUUAGGGCUUUUGAUCAAAUUAGGAAUGAAGAUGUGAUGAGUGUGCUUGAGACUUUAAUGCAUAGAAAAAGAAGUACUGUGAUUGUUGGAGAGUGUCUAGCUAGUAUUGAAGGUGUAGUUAAGGGAGUGAUGGAUAAGGUUGAGAAAGGAGAUGUUCAUGAGGGUUUAAGGGAUGUACAGUUCUUUAGUCUUCCUCUUUUCCCUUUUGGUCAUUUCUCAAAAGAAGAUGUUGAGCAGAAACUUGCUGAGCUUAGGUGUCUUUUGAAAAGCUGUGUUGGCCAAGGAGUUGUUUUGUAUUUGGGUGAUCUGAAAUGGGCUGCUGAGAUUAGAGCUAAUUCUAUUGAUCAAGGAAGGAGCUACUAUUGCCCAAUGGAAUACAUGAUUAUGGAGCUUAGAAGGUUGGUUUGUGGAAUUGAGAGUGGUAGGGUUUGGCUCAUGGGAAUUGCAACUUUCCAAACUUACACGAGAUGCAGGAUAGGAAAUCCUUCCUUGGAAGCUAUUUGGCAUCUUCACCCUCUUACAGUUCCGGCCGGCAGCUUGAGUUUGAGUCUCAACUCUGACAGUGAUUCACAAGGCCAGUUCAGAAGCAAGAGAACUGGAGAUGGGUCCAGUUGCUCUUUCCUUGAAGGUGGAGUAGAGAAGCAAUUAACUUGCUGUGUUGAUUACUCGUCCAAGUUCAAUAAUGAAGCUCGAAGUCGAGCAAGUAGUACUUACAAUGACUCUACGACGACUUCGACCACCUCAAGCUUACCUUCAUGGCUUAAACAGUACAAGGAAGAGAAUAAAAGAUUGAUCAGUAAUGAACAGGAUUGUAUCCAAGUCAGAGAUCUCUGCCAUAGAUGGAACUCAAUUGGCAGUUCAGUCCAAGAUCACCAACACCAAAAAUCUGAGAAGACCUUAACAUUCACUUCCAUAUCUCCCUCUUCCUCUACUUCAGUCUCUUCACAUGACCAUUACUACCCUAACAUGAACCAGACUCACCAUGGAUGGCCUAUCUUUGCUGAACCCAAACAAUCAUGGAGGGAACAUCACAUCUGGAUCUCUGACAAUGAUGUGGAUGAGGGAUUGGAACCCAAUUUCAAUAGAGAACCAAAAGCAGUUCUUGUAUCCAUCCCUAACCCUAACACUAACCCUAACCCUAGCUCCACACCAAAUUCAGCUUCUUCAAGUGAUGCAAUGGAAAUGGAGUACCAUCACAGGUUCAAGGAGCUCAAUGCAGAGAAUCUAAAAACCUUAUGCAAUGCACUAGAGCAAAAGGUUCCAUGGCAGAAGGAGAUAAUUCCAGAAAUAGCUAGCACCAUUCUUCAAUGCAGGUCUGGAUUGGUAAGGAGAAAGGAAAGGUUGAGAUACAGUGCACCCAAAGAGGACACUUGGUUAUUCUUCCAUGGUGUUGAUGUUGAAGGAAAAGAGAAGAUUGCAAGAGAAUUGGCUGGUCUUGUAUUUGGAUCUCAAGCUCAUUUCAUCUCAUUAGGCCUUAGCAGUUUCUCAUCGACGAGGGCCGAUUCAACCGAUGAUUUCAGAAAUAAAAGAUCAAGGGAUGAAUCAAGUUGUAGUUAUCUUGAGAGAUUUGCUGAAGCAGUUUGCAGUAAUCCGCAUCGCGUUUUCUUAAUGGAAGACAUUGAACAAGUUGAUUAUCGAUCUCAAUUGGGUAUCAAAAGAGCAAUUGAAAGAGGAAAAGUAACCAAUUCGAAUGGCGAAAAAGUUUUUCUUCAUGAUGCGAUAGUCAUUUUGAGUUGUGAAAGCUUCAGCUCAAGAUCAAGAGCUUGUUCCCCUUCUGUGAAGCAAAAGUCUGGUGAGAUGAGUGAAGAAGAGAAGAAUGGAGAAGGUGAGAAAGAGAUAAGUCCUUGUGUCUCCUUGGAUUUGAAUCUUUCUGUGGAUGAAGAAGACAAUUUUGAUGAUCAGUCCAUCGAUGACAUUGGGCUUCUGGACUCUGUUGAUAGAAGAAUAAUUUUCAAAUUGCCGGACUUUUAAUAGAAGCCAUUAAUGAGAUGAGAGAAAUUCUUAAGCGGGGUGGGGGGUAGUUUUUGUUUUUUUAUUUGAGAUUCAGGUUUGUUAAUUGGGUUGUGUUGAUUCUUGAACAUUUCCAGUCCAGUGGAUGGAGAUUGGGGGGAAUUGGCCAUGUAGAUUGUAGAACAACUACUACUAUUUGUAUAUUAUUUUCAUCUAUUUGUAAUACCUUGUUCAUCUUCAAUUUUUUUUUCUU